UUAAAACACACACACACAGCUCAAAGCCUAAAGGUGUUAUAUGAGUGAGGUGGUGUGUAUCAUCAGCUGAUGGGAGGAGGAGUAAAGCCGAGCCUGUAAAACUCGUUCCGCAACCUGUGCGCUCCAGUCGGCUUUCUCUGUGCGCAGCAGCCGGAGCUGCAGAGACAGAGACAGGCAGAGAAGGAGAGAGUUUGGGAUGGAUGCUGCGGAGGAAACCGCCCCGGUGAGCCGGCUGGAGAGGAGCAGCCACACGGCGUUCAUAGACAACAACACUCUGUUUGUCUGGGGAGGUUACCAGGUAGUUGCUGGAGCGGACGUCAUGUUGCCCGGUGACGAGAUAUGGCUCUGUGAUUUGGACAGCGGGACGUGGGAGCAGAAAGAGAUCACCGGAGACAAACCUCCAGACUUAUCAGACUUCUGUGGCGCUCAUGUUAACGGCACUCUGUACAUCUUUGGAGGAUGCGACCCCGUCGGAUACACAAACCAGAUGUUCAGUCUUGACCUCACGGAGCAGCUCUACUCAUGGAAGAUGGUGACCGACACCAAUGGAACGACGCCGUCACCGCGAAACAAACACUCCUGCUGGGUGCACAGAGACCGGUUAAUCUACUUUGGUGGGUAUGGAUGUAAGACCAUUGGGGAGGUACGAAACACAUCAUCGACAAGCUUCAUUGUGGAGGAGAUGUCCUGGACGGCAAUAGGAAACGCGUUGUUCAGGUGUUGGGGCUGGAACAAUGAAGUCAACGUGUUUGACACACAUACUGCUACGUGGAGCAUGCCAGAGACCCGGGGUCCUGUUCCUGCCCCCAGAGGCUGCCAUGCGAGUGCCCUCCUGGGGAACAAAGGUUACAUCUCUGGUGGUGUGGAAACGGCAGCGUUGGACAUGUUCUGCUUGGACCUGGAGACCUGGACCUGGACUCAAUUUGACCUCUCACAGUCCUGUACACCUCUGGGCCGCUCCAUGUUCACCAUGACGUCCAUAUCGGAUCACACACUCUUCAUAUACGGAGGUCUCGGCACAGACGGAAACACUCUCAACGACGCCUGGCAGUUUAACACUCAAAAGAAAGAGUGGACCAAGAUGACACACCCACACAAGGACAAGCCCAGGGUGUGUCACACGGCGUGCCUGGGAAGUGACGACGAUGUUGUUGUGUUCGGGGGAAGCAGCGACAUGCACUUCCUCAUGGACUCGAUGACUGUUCUGAGGGCUCCGUCACAAAACCACUGCAAAGACGUGCUCAUCUUCCAGACCCAGCCGUACUCCCUCUACAGAUUAUGUGAAGACUUCUUAGGAAGAAACCCGGAGCUGUUCGGGCUGCUGCUCGACUGGCUGCCACCAAAACUGCGCAACAAAGUCGACAAGCGAGUGGCGUUUUUCUCUGCUGCGACGCCUGUUAGAGCUUGAAUAUGUUUUAUUUAUAAGUGACGAGAUUCUGAGCCAAUCUGUUUUCAUGUUUAAAGACUUAAAAAAGGUGCUAUUGUUUUAACUUAAACAUAAUUUGUAAAUAAAGUGUUUGUUGCCUUAUUUUAAACAA